CGUGCAGCUUCUGCACUCUUUAGUGUGCCACACGUUUGUUGCGACUAUGUGCAGACCCGCUUGGUGUCAACAAAGAGGCGUCGCAGGGUGUAGAUUUGAGUGACAGCGACGGUGAGCAUGACGAGCAGGUUGAGGCAGGACCAGAAGGACACGCGCCACAGGUUGUCCUCCAGAAGGUAGCGGUCACGCGCCUCUAAGACCCGCAGCACAGCCAGGAUCUGACGGCUCCUCUUCAGGUGCUGGUACAUGGAGUCCAUGCUCUCCUGGAAGAGGAUGAACAGCAAACAGGAGGAGAUGGAAAGAGAUACAGAGAGAGCACUGCAGGUAUGUCCACGAGUGGAUAUCCUCCUGUGUUUGUGGUGGACGCCUAUGCCACCCGGCCUCCAUUGCCGCCUAAGCUGAGCCAGAGACGACGGCAUGCCGGGGCGACUCAGAUCCUGCUGAUCCUGCUGGUGAGCAUGGCGUUGUGUGGCAUGGCCAUAGAAGCCUGCUUCAUCUAUCAUCUCUAUCAAACUGAUAAUGCCGACUCAGCAUCGUCCUCUAAGCUCAUUGCAGGUCAAGAAGUUACUUCUCCCACUGAAAUUCACAGUCUUGUUCUUCCUCCUUCCAAACCGGUUGCACAUCUGACAGGUGGACAAGAUGUGGUUCAUGGAAAGGAAAUCAUGGCAUGGAGCAUGGAUGCAGAGCCUCUCCUCUAUGAAAUGGACUACAAAAACAGAUGUAUCGUCAUUCAGAAGGAGGGGUAUUACUAUGUCUAUUCCAAGGUUUAUUUCUUAGACUUUGAUGGAUUCCACCACUCUGUUAAUCGGAAAACUGAUCGGUACGUUGGGAAAAGUAUUCCCCUCCUGAUGUCCAAAAGAUACACAGAGAUGUCCAGGGAAAAGCGAUCCAACAGUUACAUCGGGGGAGUGUUUCACCUCACAGUAGGUGAUGCCAUUUUUGUAGAAGUGAGCAAUACCACAAAAAUUGUGCGAAACAAACCCUUUGAGAACGUCUUCGGUAUAUUUAUGAUAUAAAUAUCACAUUGAUAUUUCACCAGGAAUCUGAACAUUUGCAAAAAAAAGUAAAUAAAAGAAAGAAAAAUCUCUAUAUAUAUGUAUAUAUGAUAGAAUCCUUUCGAGGAUUAAUGAUUCUCUUAGUAAAGAAAAAGUAGGUCGAUAACCAGAACGAUGUGAAAACCUCUUCGUGCCUCUUUGAGUGUAAGGAGGGUCCGGACCGUGCUGGUUUUCUUAUUGGGGUUUUACAGUCUUUAAUGCUAAAGUAUGAUUCACAGUAUAUGUCCUAUUUCCUGUUUAUUUGCUUAUUUUGUACUUAUUUUAAACGUAAUUGUCUGAAUGUUACAAAACGACUCGUCAUAGAUGGAUUUUAUUUUUUAAAACAACAACUUUCAUAUAUUCUAUUUAAUUGUUACUCGUCACUUUACUCUCUUUGUUUGUAACAAUGUAAAUUUCCCCGUCGUGGGACAAAUAAAGGAUUUCUGAUUCUGAUUCUGAUAUUGUCUUACCUUCAUAUUGUGUGUGUCAUAUCCAGGCUUAAAAACAUACAAACUGUCUCCUCACACAUUUAUUUUCAUUCUUGCUGUAACAAACACGGCACACUAAUAUGUUUUGCUCCAGUGGUAAAAUGAAUGAUAUUAUAUGAUUCUGCCAUAUUUAUGUACAACAAUGUAUACAAACUAUUGAAAUAAACAGAUAGUGAUUUAAAA